AUGUCAGCAAUUGAGAUUCAUUCAUCAAAUAUCAAAGAAACGAUAGACAACGAUAUGAUUCAGUCAAGUGAUACCAGGAGCUCCUUAUUGCCCAGCCUCAAUCCUCAACUACUUGAUUUUCUUUACGAUGUACAGAACGACAAGUUGAACGAUGACCUGCGGCGACUUGAAAUUGAAUUUGGAAUCAAUCGGGAACAGGUAGCCUAUGUUGCAAUCGGAUUCAUAGCUGUGUAUCUGAUGAUUGGAAAAGAUGCUGGGCUUUUGUGCAAUUUGAUUGGUUUCGUCUAUCCUGCAAUCGCCUCAAUUAUAGCGAUGGAAAUGGAUAUAAGAUACGACAUAUUUUUGUGGCUGUUGUAUUGGAUGUGCUACGGUCUAUAUGCCAUUCUUGAUCUAUACGCUGAAACAAUUAUGGAUGUACUGCCGAUUUAUUGGCUUUCCAAGGUUUGUGAUCGCUGA